AUGGCGAUGGACUUUGGGCGCGCGGUCUCCGACGCUGUCGUCUGGCUGUCCGCGGAGAUUCGUAAGACGCUGGAGGACGACGACAAGGCGUUUGCGUCUUCGGGGCUUCCCCGCGCCUCGGCGACUGUCUGCUACGGGGACGAGGAGUGGAAGACGGCCGAGGAGAAGGGCAGGGACGGGCGUAGCGAAGAAAAACGCGUCUUUGCCUCGCGGAGGCAACGCGCGGCAGCCCCUGCGUCCUCCGUCUCGCUUGACUGCCUCGUCUGCUGGCAAGACGCGCUGGAAGCCUCUCCGCUGCUUCUCGAUGGAGGUUUCGCGGCCCCCACGCCGUCGACGCGGGGCGAGAGCCCCAACGAGACGUUGGGGGCGUGUGUCGCGGACGAGACAGGCUGUGGCGCCUCCUCUGCGUUUCCUCGCGCGCAGACCGCCUCCAGCAAGCCGACGCUGACGUCGGCCUGCCCCUUGUCUCCUUCUUCCGCCUCGUUUGCCUCAGCGGGCGCGGGAGAUUUCUGCGACAGAGACGGGGGCCCGCGCAGUCCGUUCCCAGUCGAUGUGGCUCUGAAUCAGCGCCUUUACCUCCACUACGGCGACCCCUGUGCGCUGAAAGUCGAUGCCCUCGUCUGCUUCACCUCCGAGGCCUACAGGCCAAUUGACGCCCUCGGCGCGCGGCUAGAGCUGAUUGGAGGCGACGAGCUCGCGAGCGAGGUUCGUCACCUCGAGCGCUGCAAAGCCGGCGAAGCGCGCAUCUGCCGCUCCUUCAAUCUUCCCUCCUCGCACAUUGUUUACACGGUCGGUCCGCGCUGCAACAGCAAGUACCUGACGGCGACGCACAACGCGCUGAACGGAUGCAUUCGGGAGUCGCUGCUUCUGCUUGAGGAGAAGAGUCUCUCGACAGUCGCACUGCCGUUCUUCGUGCCGUCGGUCUCCAAGAAGAGCGCCUCCCCGUCCCCGGUCGCUGCGUGCGCCUCGCCGGCGUAUCCCCCGGGGUCGCCGCCGUCCUUGCGCGCAACGGGCCUCGAGCCACGCGGGCUGCAGCGCGUCCGCAGCGCGGAAGGCGCGCAGGCCGAGAGCGAGUCAGGGGCCGAACAAAAAAAACCCGACGCGUUAGGCGGCGAUGAGCGUGCGGCGUACAUCCACACGACGCUGCGCAGUCUGCGGCGCUGGAUGGAGCGCCUCCGCAGCAAAGUCGACGCGGUAGUGCUCUUCGCCAACGACAUUCAAGAAAUGCGCAUGUGCGACUCAUUCGUGAGACUCUACUUCCCAAGAAAUCCAACGGAAGAGGCGGAGGCGCGCUGGGGGCUGCCCGAGGAGAUCGGAAACGAGUUCGGUCAGAUCGAGGUCGCGGAGCGGCGCAUCCGGAUAGCGCGCGACGGCCCGCAGAAGGCCGGGAGUUUCUCAGAGUCCUCUGACGGCUCCUUCGCCUCGUUUCCUUCGAGAAAAGGCGAAAUCACCGCGCAGUUCGGCGGCUUGUUCAUGCGCGCCUCAGACGACGAGUCUGACCAGGAGGACACCGCACGCACAAAGCCUGGCGAAAGCGAAGACCGCCGCGUGAUUCUCGGGUCGACAGACGUGAGCUUCACCGACGCGAAGGCCUCCACCGAGACGGAAAAACGAAUCCAGGCACUCAACGCCAACUACGAUGUGCGUGGCGACCUGGACAGCGAGACCCUUUACCACCGGUACCUGCGGCAAGCGUCGGCGAUCGCGGACUGCGUGGCCUUUCAGCAGCUGGACAAAAUCGGGUUUCUUUAUCCCUGCGGAACGGACAAAGCCGGCCGGCCUGUCAUCGUCUUCCUCGCCGCGCUCUUUCCUUCCACGCCGCUCGACGCGGGGCUCGUGCUGCUCUACAUCGUCAAAAAGCUGGAUCCCUACAUCCGUGACAAGUACACCCUGCUCUACGUCAACACAGAGGUUCACCACAGCCACAUGCCGUCGAUGGCGUUGUGGCGGGAGUUUUUUCAUUUGUUUUCCAAGUACGAAAACACGCUUGACGAGCUGCUUGUUCUCCAUCCGGGGCUCCUUUUCAAAGCGGCCUUCGCAUGCAGCUGGCCCUACCUGCCUACGCACCUGUGGUCGGGCACUUCGUACCUCCAGACCGUGCAGGAGCUCUUUGAACACGUGGAGGAGAAGCAGGUUCGCCUGCCCAACUACGUCUUGGAGUUUGACAGGAAGCCUCGCAAGCGCAUCCUCGGUCUCUCGCUGUGA